AUGAAGCGGAACGCGCUCCUGCUCCUCGCGCUCGCCGUCGUCGCAAAGGCCGGCUCCGAGAGCGGCGCCGUCAGCGCCGGCGGCGGCUCCUUCGACUCCGCGUGCACGGACUCGACGACGUGGCACAAGAAAGGCGACGACAAGAAGAACUGCGCCUGGGUCGGCAAGAAGAAGGUGAAUCGCUGCAAGGCCUGGGUCAAGUCCGAGGACGGCGUCCUGGCCAGCGUCGCCUGCCCCGUGGCCUGCGACACCUGCCUGCUGAUCUGCGAGGAGGCGAAGCAGGACCUGGAGGAGACUCUCGCGGAGGAGAAGCAGACCUGCGCGGAGGAGAAGCAGACCUGCGCGGAGGAGAAGCAGACCUGCGCGGAGGAGAAGGCCGCGCUCGAGGGGCCGUCGUGCGCGGACUCGACGACGUGGCACCAGGGCUGGAAGAAGUCGAAGACCUGCGCGUGGGUCGGCAAGUCGCCCGCGAAGCGCUGCGACAAGGAGUCCAAGUCCAAGGUCUUGGCCAGCGACGCCUGCCCCGUGGCGUGCGACGCCUGCCCGACCUGGGCGGAGGUGAUCGCCGAGCUCGAGGCCGCGAACGCCGCGCUCGAGGGCAAGGUGGCCGAGCUCGAGGCCAAGCUCGAGGCCCCGACGCCCGCGCCGACGGUCGACCCCACGGCAUCGCCCAUGACGGCGCCCACGGCGACCCCCACGGCCGCGCCGAUGGCUUUUACGUGCGCUGCGGACGAGUACUUCGACGGCUGCACCGAGUGCCCGAACGGCUACACGUGCGACGGCGUCACCAAGACGUGCGCCGUCAACAAGUACGUCGACAACAACGAGUGCCUCGAGUGCCCGGCUAGCGCGACCUGCGACGGCGUCAACGCCGUGUGCGAUGACGUCAACAACGAACUAAAAACCCAAAACACCGACAAGCUCUGCACGGGCAAGCUCUCCGCCGAGGACGAAGUCAACAUGGUCGCGGUCGAGGAGACGUACGAGGAGGCGAUGACGACGACGGCUACGACGAUGACGACGAAGACGACGGACGAGAACGAGGACGACCCCGUGAUGUGCAGCGAACUAAAAACCCAAAACACGGACAAGCUCUGCACGGGCAAGCUCUCCGCCGAGGACAAAGUCAACAUGGUCGCGGUCGAGGAGACGGACGAGGGCGGCCACCUGGACAGCGGCAACUGCGGCGAGGGCGGCGAGGCGUACGCGACGGCGACGGCGGCGACGGCGACGACGGUGGAUGACUGCAGCGCCGACGGCGGUGUGGGCGCGGCCCUGGCCUACGGCGACGACAGCGGCCACUUGGACAGCGGCAACUGCGACGACGACGGCGGCGAGGCGAACGCGACGGCGAGCGGCAGCUUCGCCUACUACCGCGACGAGGUGAACCUGGUGAUUGAUUGUUCCGGCAAGGUGAACCCGACGGCGUCCUGGUCCUUCGAGAUGCGCUACGCCCUGGCCGACGCGGUCGCGGGGUUGCCCGAGUGCGUUGGAAGCACCAUGGAGGUCGUGCACAUCAUCUACGGGUCGUCGCGCGUGCUCAGCAAAGGCAAACACACGGUCGACUUCGCUAUGCUCAGUGACGGCGUCUGCGCGCAGCUCCAGGCCUUCGUCAACUUGAAGAGCAACUUGAAUGACCUGGAGGAGACUCUCGCGGAGGAGAAGCAGACCUGCGCGGAGGAGAAGCAGACCUGCGCGGAGGAGAAGCAGACCUGCGCGGAGGAGAAGGCCGCGCUCGAGGGGCCGUCGUGCGCGGACUCGACGACGUGGCACCAGGGCUGGAAGAAGUCGAAGUCCUGCGCGUGGGUCGGCAAGUCGCCCGCGAAGCGCUGCGACAAGGAGUCCAAGUCCAAGGUCUUGGCCAGCGACGCCUGCCCCGUGGCGUGCGACGCCUGCCCGACCUGGGCGGAGGUGAUCGCCGAGCUCGAGGCCGCGAACGCCGCGCUCGAGGGCAAGGUGGCCGAGCUCGAGGCCAAGCUCGAGGCCCCGACGCCCGCGCCGACGGUCGACCCCACGGCAUCGCCCAUGACGGCGCCCACGGCGACCCCCACGGCCGCGCCGAUGGCUUUUACGUGCGCUGCGGACGAGUACUUCGACGGCUGCAGCGAGUGCCCGAACGGCUACACGUGCGACGGCGUCACCAAGACGUGCGCCGUCAACAAGUACGUCGACAACAACGAGUGCCUCGAGUGCCCGGCUAGCGCGAAGUGCGACGGCGUCAACGCCGUGUGCGAUGACGUCAACAAGUACGUCGACGAGAACAACGAGUGCCUCGAGUGCCCGACCGGCUUCGCGUGCGACGGCAUCGACGCGACGUUCUCUCCGACGGACCUGAACGAGCUCAAGAUCGCG